AUGAGUGAGGAAGUUACCAAGAAGCUUGACGAAGUCAGCUUGAGUGCUGAACAGCCAAUUUUGGGCCCUGAUGGCCAGCCUUUAUCUAAAAAGGCGUUGAAGAAGUUAGAAAAGGAGAAGGAGAAGGAGAGAAAGAAAGCGGAGAAAGCUGCACAAUUAGCCGAAGAACAAGCCGCAAGAGAGGCUGCGGCUUUGGCAAACGAUACUGCCAAGGAUAAUUAUGGUAAACAGCCAUUGAUGCAAUCGAAAGCAGAAGACGUCACGGGGGUCAAGAGAACGAAAAUCUCUACAUUAUCUGCUGCCAACGAUGGCGAGGAAAUUGUCUUCAGAUCCAGAGUUCAUAAUGCAAGACAACAGAGUGCUAACAUGUGUUUCUUUGCCUUUAGACAACAAGACGCACUUGUUCAAGGUUUAUUGAAAUCAAAUGGUGACUCCAUUUCUAAGCAAAUGGUUAAAUGGGCUGCAGGGUUGAGUUUUGAGUCUAUCGUCUUGGUCCACGGUAUUGUUAGGAAGGUCGAGGAACCAGUCAAAAGCGCAACCGUUCAAGAUGUUGAAAUUCAUAUCACAAAGAUUUACCUCAUCUCAGCUGCUCCAUCGCAACUACCACUCUUGAUCGAAGAUGCUUCCAGAUCUGACGCUGAGGCAGAAGCUUCGGGUUUACCAAUUGUUAACUUGGAUACGAGACUAGAUGCAAGAGUUAUUGAUUUGAGAACAAACACUAACCAUUGUAUCUUUGAGUUGCAAAGUGGUAUCUGUGCAUUAUUUAGAGAAUACUUGUCAAACUUGAACUUUAGGGAAAUCCAUUCUCCAAAGCUAAUUGGAUCUCCAUCUGAAGGUGGUGCAAACGUUUUCGAGGUCACUUAUUUCAAAACGAAGGCUUAUUUGGCACAAUCACCACAAUUCUACAAGCAGCAAUUAAUUGCUGCAGAUUUCGAGAGAGUUUUCGAGAUCGCUCCUGUCUUCAGAGCUGAGAACUCAAACACUCACCGCCAUUUGACGGAAUUCGUUGGUUUGGAUAUGGAGAUGGCCAUUGAAGAACACUACCAUGAAGCAGUCGAUGUUUUGGCAGACAUGUUCAUUUUUAUUUUCAACGAAUUGAAGAAGAGAUACGCCAACGAAAUUGCUACAAUCAGAAAACAAUUCCCGGUUGAGGAGUUCAAGGUCCCUGAAAAAAUGGUCAAGAUCCAUUACAAGGAAGCGGUUAAAAUGUUGAACGACAAUGGCAAAGACCAGGGUGCAUUUGAAGAUCUUUCUACUGAGAAUGAAAAGUUUUUGGGAAAACUCGUUAGAGACAAAUAUGACACUGAUUUCUUCAUUUUAGACAAGUUUCCAUUGGCCGUCAGACCAUUUUACACAAUGCCAGAUCCAGAAGAUCCUAACUACUCCAACUCUUACGAUUUCUUUAUGAGAGGUGAAGAAAUUCUUUCAGGUGCACAACGUAUCCACGAUCCUGAGCUAUUGAGGGAGAGAAUGAACUUCCAUGGUGUUGAUCCAGAUGGACCUGGUACUGUAGAUUACGUCAACGCUUUCACCUACGGUUGUCCUCCACACGCUGGUGGUGGUAUUGGUAUGGAAAGAGUUUUGAUGUUCUUCUUGGAUUUGAAGAACAUCAGACGUGCUUCUCUAUUCCCAAGAGAUCCAAAACGUUUACGCCCAUGA